AUGACUCGCACUCGCACCCGUACCCUCACUGUCUCUGAGCCGCCGACAUACAUUAUCAACAUCCGCGCACCUCAGCCCAAUCUCGAUACCCUCCCGACAGAAAUUUUGCUGCAGAUAUUGCGCUAUGCAGUCCCGCAACCUCGAGCACACCGGUCAAAGGUCGACGUGCAAUCUCUGGCACUUGUCAACAAAGCCAUCACAGCUGCACACACCACGUUGCUGUACCGCACCGUGGUGAUCAACUCGCACCGCGCCCUCGCACUGCUGGCACGCACGGCAGCAAAGAACCCUCGCCUGCUUGCCACGCAUGUUCGGGCGUUUACGCUUUCGGUAGACGGCCCGGUCAGCCAGGAGAUGCUCAGCGUGGUCCUCCGCAUGUGCAGUGGCCUGCACACCCUCGUCUUGCCUGGCAACGCGCUGCAAGGCCUUCGCGUGCCGCGAAACGUCGUGCCCUUGCCCUACCCUGCGCCCAAGCACGUUACCCUAUCCGAGUGGUCGUCCCCCCAUCUGUGGCACGUCGCGCCGGCGCCCGAGUCGACACAUAUUCCGACCGAACUUCUUGCCGAAGUUACCCAUCUGGCCAUCGCAGGACCGCCCGCCGCUAUGUGGGUGCGCCCAAUGGAGAUCUUGCGCACGCUUGGCAACCCCAAGGCGCUCACUCAUGUGUUGUUCGCGAGGCGAACGGGAGGAAACGAGACAAACGAUGCGGAGUUUGCUGAGGAUUGCCUGGCGCUCCGAGCGCGCGUCCGCUCCGUUGCCGCUAGCAUGUGCUCUCCGAUUCUAUCCGGGAUGUCCUCGGACUCUCAGGAGCUUCGUGACGCACUAGCCGAUGCGGGCGUCCUUGUGCGGGAAGGCGACGCGAAUGAGUGGCGCGCGCCAUGGUUGACGCUCGACGUCGGUGUGCACGCGACUUCGCUCGAGGAGCGAUAUUGGGCACACCAAUAG